AUGAAUCGGAGAAUUCGUAUCAGAAAAGCUCUAAAGCUACUUAUUUCAGUUUGCUGUKUAUGUCUUCUUGGUCAAGUUUUUUUGAUGGACAAAUGGAUUGCACUUCACGCGAAAGAGUGUGAAAAUCCAGCAGCAGCAACAAUAACCACAAAARCACCACCCAMAGCAACAACAACACCAAAGUCAACGAAGAGUCAGACCAAGCUCAAGGAAAGAGUUCUUGUCAUAGGAGUACCAACAGUAGGUCGCAUCAACGCUUUCUACACCAUAAACACUCUGAAAGAACUCGUCAAUGGUCUGGACGAGGAAGAUAAAAACCAUGUGCUAAUUAUCGUCUUCACAGCCGACUUAAACAAACAUGUAAACACCUACGUGAAACAACAGAUACAGACAACAUUCCCACGAGAGAUGGAUCAUCUCAUUCGAUGCAUUCAAGCUCCACGUUCGUAUUAUAAGAAACUCCACUUCCCUUCGCUGUGGGGACAUGAUAAAGACAUGUCUUACUGGCUAGGGAAGCAGAAUUUAGAUAUUGCUUUUUUACUGAAGCAUUGCAAGACAUUAGGCAAUUAUCAUUACUACCUUCAUCUUGCAGACGAUGUAUCMACACAGCCGGGUUAUUUUAAAACCAUUAUGACUUUUAUUAAUAAAACUGGKAACUGGUCUGGACUGGAGUUCGGUAGCCAAGGAUCCUUUGGACUGCUGUAUAGAGCGAGUCAUCUACAUAACCUKUACAAGUUCAUGUCAAUAUUCUACCAGUUGUAUCCAGCUGAUAUUCUUUUCAAACAGUUCAAUGAAUUCCACCUSUAUGGUAACGCACCGUGGAUGAARCRCRACCCCCCCGUAUUUCGACAYGUGGGUGUCGUCUCUUCUUUUCAAGGUCGAAGAUCUGRCCAAGUGAGUCAUCGCGUUCCUGGCCAUCAACCUUUCAGUUUCCCUCCUGUUAAAGUCAUCAAUAAUACACAAACGAAACCCAACAAUACAGGUUAUUUUUUAGUGAUUGGUGUCCCAACAGUGAUGAGAAGGAAAGAAAAUUACCUCAUUCGUACAUUGCGUGGUUUAGUAGACGGGCUCCGAGAGUCGGAAAAGCAGCAAGUUUUAAUUCUUUUAUUCUUAUCUGAUCUCGAAAAAGAAGCAAUACAAAAGACAACACGUMAAGUAAAUGCUGGGUUUUCUAAAGAACUCAAAACAGGUUUAAUAAAAAUCAUCAAAGCACCUCUCUCGUACUACCCAAGGCUUGUAGGUCUMCCGYUGCUGUGGGGYGACAAGCCCAAAAGGGUAAAAUGGCGUUCCAAGCAGGUCUUAGACUAUGCUUUCUUAUUCAAUCACGUUUAUAGCAAUCAGUCCGCUARAUAUUACUUGCACAUAGAAGACGAUAUAAUUGUCAAUAAAGGAUAUUUCAAAGAGAUCAGGAAAUUCAUUCAUGCRAACAAAGAACGUAAUUGGUCUGUGCUGGAAUUCGCAAAGACUUAUGGAUUCAUUGGCUGGCUUUACAAGUCGAGUGAUCUGAAAAAGUUAGCACAGUUUCUUAGGACAUAUUACUGGGCAUGGCCCGUGGAUAUCUUGUCUCGUCAUUUUAACGAGUUCCACUUGUAUGGAAAUCCACUUUGGGCGCUUCAUUAUCCCAGGUUGUUCAAUCAUGGCGGGCGGGAGUCUUCUCUUGAUGGUGUGAAAAGAAAGGCAAGAAAAUUCCCCAAAACGAACAUACGUAAACGUCAAGUUAACAACAAUUCGAAAUUCAAUCCAGAAGCCUUAGUAACUACGUCUAUUAAGCCUGCAAUGACGAAAUAUUAUGAUAUUUCAMGGACAUAYGGAGGGAAAAAACUACAAGAUGCAUUCUGGGGAAAAGAUCUUAGUAAAGGAGACUAUAUCAUGGUAGCCUUCGCUAAAAAGGUGAACAUCACUAAAAUCUCUGUCAUUUCGGGAGGAAWACUCGGAGAUAUGGACUUCUUCGGUGGUGCAAAUAUCUUAUAUGCUGAGGACCAAGACUGCGAUGACUUUGAGCMUUGGAAAUCCUUCAAAGAGCAAAGAAACUUAACUGUUGUUAGCGAAAAUCCUCAUGGAAUKCCGUGCUGGUGUGUCAACAUAGAAGUGACYGCUGUCCGUAARGACGACAAAAASCRAACGCGAUGGCUAUUUAUACAAAARAUAGACGUGUGGACCCUUUGGUAGUUGAAGAAGAAAUGUGAAAAAGGAAAGAGAGGGAAAGACUAGAGAAUGGAAGAAAGUAGGAUGAAAAAAAUCGACAAGGGAAAAGGAAAAGUGAAGAGUGAGAUAAAAGCGAUAUAGAAGGAAAGAGAGAAUGAUAAGAGGAGAAGGGAAAUAAGAAGAAGGGAAGAUAGGGAAAUGGGAAAAAGGAAAAUAGGGAAAUAGGAAGAAGGGAGAUAGGGAAGAAUCAAAAUGGAGAAGAAUAGAGUGACGUCGCGGAAAGACUUAGACAGGAGAAAAAGUGGAAAAGUGGAAAUGUUCGUGAGACAAGAGGAGAACAGAAAAAAAGUAAAAUAUUAAGAGCCCAGCACCGCUUUCCGUUUGUAGUGCUAUUAACAACAGCAAUUACACUUCACCUUUUCUCACAGGUCGUCACAUUUUCGUAGUUUGAUGACAUUGUUUCUGACCAUAAGAYACUGCUUCAGUCUUUAAUUAACAUCUUGUGUUUAUUUACUGCUUGACAUAUCAGGUGUAUUUCUCAUAGGCCCUCAAUUCCUAUCAAAGCUAAGUAAACGAUCUUUUAUCAUAUAAAUACACUCUUAUUCCUGUCACUUUAUUUUCCCUGUAUUUUAUCURUUUUUUAUUUAAGUUUCCGCUGAACUUCGCAAAGAUUUGCUCAGCAUCUUGUAUACAUCCGUUGAAAUUAGUGAAUAAGAAUCCUUCAUAAGCGACUAUACAACAGCGUUAAUUAUUUUAUCAUCAGGAAUUCUUCGAGCAUUCUCAACUUUACAAAACACUUAAAUCUAUUCUCUGCAUCUAGAAAUGAACCAUGAUGCAUUGGUUUUAAAUUGAUAACAUUACUAUUAUUUUGUAUUAUAAAGACGGAGUAUUUUUGUUGAUCACAAUGCGCUCGUUUAUCAUAAAAAUCUUUGUUAUGCUGUGUGCUUACAUCGUAGAAGAACUCAGAACAUGCCAGGAGGGAAGGGACUGGUACUUACUUCGAGUCGGCAAAUGCGCGCUUCRAAACUUGUCAAACAGAACAAAGAAAACCGAAAGCUUAUCUUUAAUAUAUAUAUUAUUCUUUUAAUUCUUUUAAUGUUUCAUUAGAAUCAAAUAAGUCGUCUUAUAACUGUUGUAAACAAGCCUUAACAGGCAUCUUUGAGACAAAAUAAAGAAACGGA